CGCUUUUCCGUAUCCAAGACAUCUCCAGCGUUGAAGAGGCGAACUAGCUGAUUUAAUCUUUUCAUAUAUCACCAUAAAUAAAUAUAGCUAGUUAAAAGCGUAGUGUAACUAUUAGUUUGUGCAUUGUGGUCUAGCUAGUUAACAUAACAUUUAGCAGUAAAAGAGUCGGGUGUUUGGGGUCAACAAUGGUGAGUAACAUUAGCAGACUAGCUAGCUACGUUAGGAAGCUAAGCUAAUUUAUCCCAGCUAACGUUAACUAGCUAAUUUAUGUAGCUAGCAACAUGAUAUGGCCAGCUUGCUGGUGUGGAUUUAGCAAGGGAUCAAAUUGUAUUUGUCACAUGCGCCGCAUACAACGCAACGGGUGUAACAUCGUUAGACUUAACCGUGAAAUGAUUGCUUACGAGCCCGUCCCAACGAUGCAGAGUAAAAAAAAAAUAUGUGCAGGGGUAUGAGGUAUUUGAGGUAGAUAUGUGACGUUACAUGAGUCAUGUCAUGAAGGCAGGGUAAAGUGACUAACUCGUAAACGAGGCAUCAGGAUACUGUUGAUAUGUUCGAACAAUCACUCUAUCGAUGCGGUCGACUGCACGGAUAGUUAGUUAGCUAACGUUAGUUUAGUCAGUUAGUAGCGAAAUGCAACAUGAGCUAGCUAGCCAAGUGUCUGCUACUAGGCUAGCUACCUAAUAUAAUGUACAAUGAAGUUUCCAUGACAACGCAGUGCUCGACGCUGAUUAGCUAGGGUUUCCACGAAUUACCACAGCCACAGAAAAUUGGCUAUAUCGUAAAAAUGCAUGAAAACUAAAAUGAGCUAUUUGUUCUUAAUUUAAGGUUAGGGUUAUGUAUAAGGUUAACAGUGUGGUUAGGGUUAGGUUUAAAAUCACAUUUGAAUAAGAUAAAUUGUAGAAAUAGUCGGGUUUUUUGACUCUGUGGCUGUGGUAACUAGUGUCGACUGUUAGGUAACCAUCCAUAGCCUAGCUAGUGAUUGCAGCUACAGAACCUUGCAGUACCCCCCCCCCACCUCCACACACACUGCCUUGUUCAAUAUUGUGCUUGAAACAGUAACUUAACCUGCUAGCUAAAUAACUAACUAUAAUUAAUCAAGAGGGCCACAACCACAGAUCUGUCUUCUAGUUUGCGUUACUUAGCUGGAGAUUGACAUCCAUCCCUGUUCCUCUUUCUCCUUGAAGGCUGAGUUUGGUUUCAAUGAACACCAUCAGAAUGAGGCCAUCAACUACAUGCGCUUUGCACGCUCCAAGAGGGUCAUCAGACUCAAGACCAUUGACUCCUGCUUCGAGGACCUUAAAGACAGCAGGUGGUGUAUCACACCAUUUUCAUGUUGUUUAUCACAGCUAGCCAACAAUGUUUGUCGGAGGAAUGCAAGUCAAUUUUUUUAGGACAGCUUUUAAGGGUAUUUGUGUGUAUCUCCAAAGAAGAAGUUCCCCCACAGGGAGAAGGUUAUUCUAUUUCUAUUCUAUUCUAGGCUAGUGGAGGAGACAUUCACAGUGGACGAGGUGCGGGACAUGCUGGACGGGCUGCAGCUGGUGGUGCGAGGGGAGGUGGAGACGGAGCUCAUCAACACAGCCCACACCAACGUGCUGCUGCUCCGGCAGCUCUUCUCCCAGGCUGAGAAGUUCUACCUCCGUCUGCAGACUGACAUCUCGGAGCUGGAGAACAGGUGGGCUGUGGGGACGAGUAGCUAGGAGGUGGGCUGUGGGGAUGGGUGGGAUGGCUUGGAGGUGCACUGUGGGGAUGGGUGGGAUGGCUUGGAGGUGGGCUGUGGAGAUGGGUGGGAUGGCUUGGAGGUGGACUGUGGGAUGGCUUGGAGGUGGACUGUGGGGAUGGGUGGGAUGGCUUGGAGGUGGACUGUGGGGAUGGGUGGGAUGGCUUGGAGGUGCACUGUGGGGAUGGGUGGGAUGGCUUGGAGGUGGGCUGUGGAGAUGGGUGGGAUGGCUUGGAGGUGGACUGUGGGAUGGCUUGGAGGUGGACUGUGGGGAUGGGUGGGAUGGCUUAGAGGUGGACUGUGGGGAUGGGUGGGAUGGCUUGGAGGUGGACUGUGGGGAUGAGGGGGGGCUGCAAGGGCAGGCUGAAUCCCGUUUUGCGGCUCAGUUGGUAGAGCAUGGCUCUUGCAAAGCCAGGGUUGUGGGUUCGAUUCCCACAGGGGAGCAGUACGAAAAUGUAUGCACUCCUUACUGUAAGUUACUCUGGAUAAGAGCGUCUGCUUAAUGACUAAAAUGUAAAGUAGUAGAUAGUACUGAGAAUUAGGGAGUGUGUGUGAAGGUAUAUUUCAGUUUAAGGGUCAACGAGAGGGUGACACUCAGGUGGGAAGCAACAUUUUAACCUCAACAUGCCUCUGUGUGUAGCCUGUCAGCAGAGCCUCUCAUAUGUACACUGAGAGUGUGAGCAGUAAAUGUCCCUCCCAUUCAAAGCAGAAGCCACUUCCUUCAGUGUAGCAGAAGCCACUUCCUAGGCUACGUAAAUCACUGAGGUUAUUGCCAAGCCACACAUUCUCAUGAGAAUGGUACCCUGCUUUUCAAUUUCUGUGGUUUCCUACUCUCACUGAAAUGCCGGCAGAUGCGACCAUAGCUUCUGAUACAUGUGUGGGUGGAGUAGUUCACAUGAUAUGAUACCUAAGGAAUGUUUGUUUUGGUUGAUGCCUGCCUUUCCUGCCAUAUAUUGACAGGACGUUUGCUAUUCACCACAUGUAGUGGUGAAAGUUCUAAAAACAUGUUUGUACAAUUUACACUGUAAAUGGGAAGAAAAUAUAAAUGGUCUAGGCUAAGUGGAGACGAAACAAAAUGUGUAGAAAACUGCCAAUGAAAGGUCCCUGUUGCAUCCAGGGUUAUUAAGCAUGGCUGCCAAGAAUGUCUUACAGCAGUGCUUAAUAACAUGCCUGGACAAAGAGGGAUGUGGGAAUGUUCAGUACCAGUAAAAACAGCUUUAUCUCAUGGAGAGGGGUUGUCCCAUUUUUACUUUGCCCUUAGCGGACAUACUUACACUGUGCCAAAAAAUGUAUUAGCGCAUCUUUCCCUUUUACCAUGCUGAAUUUACCACAGGAUCAUUCAUCAUGGUGCCUCAGAUCAGAGGUGCUAAAUACAUAGCAGGAAACAAUGCAGCGUGGCCAUAGUCAAGUCUGGCCAGCAAUGAAACAUGGGCAACUAGCUGGUGGCUCAAUUAAUCUCAAUAGCACACUUCCUAAAUCUAAACUCGGACUUAAGGCUAUUGAAGCAAUUACGUAAAGGGUUAUUAGCAGGUAACGGUUUCUCCCACUUCACUACCCUUUUCCCCCAACAAUACAAUGAAAUGGGAGGGUGAGGCUAAGGACCGUUCCCUCACACUCACUCCUCCACUCUGUGGAUGGAUCUGAACUUGUUACUUGGGCACAGGAACAUGCCACAUUGAAAUGUAUAGCAUGGCUCUGUGAUGUGGAGUACAUUUCCAGGCCCAGGGACUGUGUUAAUGGGUAUUUUAGAGAGGGAGGGGUAAGCCAUUCCUUUUACAGUCCCAACCUUUUUAUGUUGAAAAGCUGGCAGUCCAUCAGCAAGGUAGAAUGGAGACAGUGGUUACAUGGCAAAUGGACUCAAAGAGACCAUUUUCGUACUUUACCAAAAAUACUUUGAUUUACCACUACUAUGGAUAUUGUGAGAUUGGUGCAUGAGUGUGUGGGGAUGAGACAUAUACAGUGGGGGAAAAAAGUAUUUAGUCAGCCACCAAUUGUGCAAGUUCUCCCACUUAAAAAGAUGAGAGAGGCCUGUAAUUUUCAUCAUAGGUACACGUCAACUAUGACAGACAAAUUGAGAGAAAAGAAUUCCAGAAAAUCACAUUGUAGGAUUUUUAAUGAAUUUAUUUGCAAAUUAUGGUGGAAAAUAAGUAUUUGGUCACCUACAAACAAGCAAGAUUUCUGGCUCUCACAGACCUGUAACUUCUUCUUUAAGAGGCUCCUCUGUCCUCCACUUGUUACCUGUAUUAAUGGCACCUGUUUGAACUUGUUAUCAGUAUAACAUACACCUGUCCACAACCUCAAACAGUCACACUCCAAACUCCACUAUGGCCAAGACCAAAGAGCUGUCAAAGGACACCAGAAACAAAAUUGUAGACCUGCACCAGGCUGGGAAGACUGAAUCUGCAAUAGGUAAGCAGCUUGGUUUGAAGAAAUCAACUGUGGGAGCAAUUAUUAGGAAAUGGAAGACAUACAAGACCACUGAUAAUCUCCCUCGAUCUGGGGCUCCACGCAAGAUCUCACCCCGUGGGGUCAAAAUGAUCACAAGAACGGUGAGCAAAAAUCCCAGAACCACACGGGGGGACCUAGUGAAUGACCUGCAGAGAGCUGGGACCAAAGUAACAAAGCCUACCAUCAGUAACACACUACGCCGCCAGGGACUCAAAUCCUGCAGUGCCAGACGUGUCCCCCUGCUUAAGCCAGUACAUGUCCAGGCCCGUCUGAAGUUUGCUAGAGUGCAUUUGGAUGAUCCAGAAGAGGAUUGGGAGAAUGUCAUAUGGUCAGAUGAAACCAAAAUAUAACUUUUUGGUAAAAACUCAACUCGUCGUGUUUGGAGGACAAAGAAUGCUGAGUUGCAUCCAAAGAACAUCCAAAGAACACCAUACCUACUGUGAAGCAUGGGGGUGGAAACAUCAUGCUUUGGGGCUGUUUUUCUGCAAAGGGACCAGGACGACUGAUCCGUGUAAAGGAAAGAAUGAAUGGGGCCAUGUAUCGUGAGAUUUUGAGUGAAAACGUCCUUCCAUCAGCAAGGGCAUUGAAGAUGAAACGUGGCUGGGUGUUUCAGCAUGACAAUGAUCCCAAACACACCGCCCGGGCAACGAAGGAGUGGCUUCGUAAGAAGCAUUUCAAGGUCCUGUAGUGGCCUAGCCAGUCUCCAGAUCUCAACCCCAUAGAAAAUAUUUGGAGGGAGUUGAAAGUCCGUGUUGCCCAGCGACAGCCCCAAAACAUUACUGCUCUAGAGGAGAUCUGCAUGGAGGAAUGGGCCAAAAUACCAGCAACAGUGUGUGAAAACCUUGUGAAGACUUACAGAAAACGUUUGACCUGUGUCAUUGCCAACAAAGGGUAUAUAACAAAGUAUUGAGAAACUUUUGUUAUUGACCAAAUACUUAUUUUCCACCAUAAUUUGCAAAUAAAUUCAUUAAAAAUCCUACAAUGUGAUUUUUUUGGAUUUUUUUUUCUCAUUUUGUCUGUCAUAGUUGACGUGUACCUAUGAUGAAAAUUACAGGCCUCUCUCAUCUUUUUAAGUGGGAGAACUUGCACAAUUGGUGGCUGACUAAAUACUUUUUUCCCCCACUGUAGGUUUGAUCCAAUGUCACACAAUUUAUUCCAAGGGACUAUAAUGAAUACUGUGUUCCAAAUCCAUGAGCCCGUAUGGAUUCUAUUUGAGUUAUGGCACUGUUAGCUUGCAAUUCGUUUUUUUUUGUAGCAAUUUGGGUCUUUGUUUGUAUUUGACAUCUAACAUCUGCUGAGUUGAGAAUAUUAACCAGCUGUGUUUUAAACUACAUUUGACCUUCAUUACACUGACACCAGUCAUAGAACAAAAACAAAACAUAAAAAACCAAGCCCUGUGCUUUUGUAGAUUAUGUUUUUGUGUUUCUAUUACGCCUACAGUCACUCAAUAAGAUAACCUACCAAGGUGUCCCGAAAAAAUGGGGAAUACGCCCCUAGUAGCCACAGAUCUACGUGCGUUCUGCAGCUUCUUCAAACCACAUAGAAGCGUGUAGAGAGGUGCUUUGUUUACCACAAACAUUUUGUUCAACUCUCUUAAGGAGGACAACAAGUGUGUUUUAUUUUUCUUCUUAAAGAUACAUACAGUAACUGCCAGGUGGCUGCUCCCCUGUACUCCACCUCAAAUGUUUUGCACAAUGUUAUUCUGUAGGUCUCUUUCAUAAAGGAACAUGCUAAGCUGUUAUAGGCCACGUUUCUCCUACUUUCAGACGACCAAUGAGUCAGUACACUCACUGAAACUCACUGUAUGGUAUCAAACAUUCUGUCAUUACUCUGGGUCGUUUAUAAGCUAUAAAUGUGCCUUAAAGUCAAACUUUUUUUCAAAUGAACAUGUUCUCAUUUUUUGUCCAUCUCUCUUUUUCUCGUCCCCUUUGCUCUUUUUCAUUAUCUACAGAGAGUUGUUAGAGCAAGUGGCUGAGUUUGAGAAGACUGAGUUUAAAAUCCCAAAUAAGGUGAGUGCCCAACCACUUUUAACCAUUUCCCUUUUAUAAAAAAUAAGCGUGCAUUUAUUACAUGGUUAGGGUUAGGGCUGAAAUGUUGCAAAUCAUGCAUUGACGCUAUUUAUUGAUGGGAGAGUAUGUGCUCACUUACAUGCCUUGCUUCCUUACCCAGACUAACCAGGAAAUUAGCAAGCCCAAGUUAGCGCCGCUGAAUGAAGGUGGGGUAUCUGAACUUCUCAACAAGGUAAGGUACUCAAACCUCAUCUGGUAGUACAGAUUUAUUUUGUAAUAUAGGAGUAAUAACACCAGCUCAGCAGCUAUUUCACCAACCAUUUCAUCAACUGUUACUUCACGUUGGUUUUUCAUCAGGAGAUAUCAAGGCUACAAGAGGAAAAUUAUAAGCUGAAAGGCAGGCUCCGGACUUUGGAAACCCAGGUACUUCACACAAAAACACAUCUGAAUCCAUAAGGUGUGUUUCUGAUUGACAUAUUCUUACUUAGUUAUGACGUUGCUUAUCAAUGGUGUGGUACUGUAAAUUUGGACAUAAUUUUGUCAAGUUCUGUACCUGAUCACAUCCAUUAUCAUGAUUAGUUUAUAAUGGCACGACAAUAUUCACCUGAAUGACUCCUGAUUUCCUAGUAACCACAGAACAAUCAUGAGCUGCUUGUCUGCUAGAAUGGAUGGCCAACCGACUGCCUUGUUUGUUAUUUGGGUAGCUAUUUCCUCGCAAAGUGCAUUUUGAAGUCAUCAAUGUAUAUAAGUACAAUUCUUUCAGCAUAGUCUGGAAACCGUGUGUAUGUAAGCUGCGGAUUGGCUGUUAACAUAUUCAGGAUUUCCAUGUCAAUGUUGGCAGUGUCAUACUCCUAAAAGAAACAAAUGAAAGACAUUGUACUGUAGCAAGCUAGCUAUCUGGCUAGAAUAGCCUGCUAUGUUACUAGCUAUCUGGCUAGAAUAGCCUGCUAUGUUACUAGCUAAGUAAGUUAUGUUAUACUACUCUAGCUAUUGCCAUUCCAGCUGACAAUCAGCUGAUUGCACUUGCCAACGUUAGCUAACUAGCUAGCUUGAUGUUACUGUAGCUAAAAGCAAGGUUAGUGACACGCUGACACGCCAAAUGCAUGUUGCAAGGGCAAUAUGUUAAUCUACAUUGUCCUCAACACUGUCGCUGUCAACCAGACUCAAAAAUAGAUGAAACAACAUUGUUAACUACCCAAAAGAGAGCAGUCACGCCUUCUCUGUUUUCAUUUUCAUUUGUGAACCGUUUUAUCGUGCGUGAAUUCGUCAUUAUCAAGCGUUCUAGGACGCUCGAACCAGAGCACUCGCUUUUCAGAGCAGAGCGUCCAGAGUGAAUUUACGAACACACCCUUAAAUGCACUCAACUUAUUGUAACUUUUGACAUCAUUGUAUUUUGUGCUCAUGUUUCCACCUGACCUACACCUGACCUUGCUAAUUGAAUGAUCGAUGUUGGUAUCACUUAAAUGCAGUAUCAUGCAGUACACUGAUUGUGUUUCAGGCCAUGGGUGCGUUGGAUGAGAAGACCAGGGCGGAGAGGGCUCUCAAAGACCUGCAGAAGGUCCAGGGGGAACAGCAGGUACUGUAGCAACAUAAGGGCCAUGGGUUCAAGGUCAUAGGUUAACAAUAUAACAGACAAACAUGGGUCAAAUGACCAUAGAAUGACAGCUGCACUUGACUUUUCAGUAGUAUUCCCUGUUUACUUCCUGGUUUUUGUGCAUUGUAGUAUUUCUUUCCUUUUAGUGAAGCUGUCCACAUGCAGGCCUUGUGUUUUAUGAUGUGUUGAAGCUUUUGUCCUCUUUUUCUGAACGAUUACUAUUAUUUAAUUUGCUUUCAUGGAAAUCAACUGGUAUGUAUCAAUCCAACACUAUACAUUGUGUGUUGAAUAUAUGUAAAUCUAAGAGUGCAUCCCAAAUGGCACCCUAUUCCCAUAGGGCUCUGGUCAAAAGUACUGCACUGUAUAGGGAAAAGGGGGCCAUUUUGUCCGCACAUAAAAGUUCACCCACUGACGUGCUGUCUCUCUUUCCCCAAGACGGCCGCCCGUUCUCAGGAUAUCACUAGUCUGGAGGACACGGUGGCAGCACUGCAGGAAGACUACCAGAAGUCCCUGAGUGUCAACGCUGCCUCCCAAAGAGACCUGCAGGAGAACCUGAUGUCUGCCAAACAUGACCUGCUUAGGGUACAGGAACAACUGGCCCUGGCAGAGAAGGUACGUGCCUGGCCUGUAUCCUAUACUGGUACCUACCUGAUGCCUUUCACAUAAAUCAUGCAUUCAUUUCAACCAAUGGACAAUUGUGUGAACUUCAAUCUCAAAAUAUCUGAAGUUAGCAUUUGAAUUGUAUAUCUGCCAUUUCGAGGUUAUCAUGCAAUCCUGUUGUGUGUGUAGGAGCUGGACAAGAAGUUCCAGCAGACUUCUGCCUACCGCAACAUGAAGGAGAUCCUCACCAAGAAAAAUGAGCAGAUCAAGGACAUCAGGAAACGGCUUUCAAAGUGAGUCGGUUAAUUAUUAUACAAAUGAUUAUGUAUGAUAUAUAGACAGAUUGAUUGAUUGAGAUUCUUCUCCUGAAAGAUGAUUGUGUUUGCAGGUCCUGUCUAACAACCUUCUCCGUUAACAGUUCUAAUGUAUCAUUUCUAGAUACGAGUCCGAUGAAUGAACCCUUUGCAUCACACAGCAAGACACAAAAUGGAGGUUAAAGAGGGUAGAAAUGGCCCAAAACCUGGGACUGUCACCCUGGUGAAGGUUUUGGCCCAUUUACCAUUUAUUUCUUCCCCACUGCAGGAGCAGGUGCUUUGAACAAAAAAUUGAAUUGAGAAUAUCACCUGUAGUUCAGAACCUUUCAGAAGAAUCGUAUCAUCUCGCUGAUCCAGCAGCUUUUGUAGUCAUUGGCUUUAGGAUAUGAUUGUGGGGUAUUAAGGGUUGGGGGCUAAUCGACAGAGCCUCCUAUGGUCAGUCUCACUGGGAGAAGAACCUUGAAUGUCUCUGUCCCUCUGCUAUACCGUUCUGUCCCAUAUCUAGGAGCUGGAGCUUUGUGUGUUUAGUACUAGGUUUUCCUCAUUGCACUAUGCAAGUACUUUCACGUCCUUGACUUGCUGUCUAAAAAGGAGGCCUUCUGAAUAGGAGAGAUAUGCCUGAAGCUUUGCAGCUGUCUAUAUCUGAUGGUGAUGGGUAAAUUUUUCCAUGACACCAACUCAUAGAUUAUUUUCUCUUCUCAAGACGGUAUAUUCUUUUUCACCUAUUUCUAUGUAGCUAGGGCAUCAUGCAACAUCUUUUUAUAUGUAUUCAGCUGGCGGAAUUCAGAGCUCAAUGAUAGUGAAUAGUCAUGGCUAAUGGUACAUAUUAUGAAUCGCAGCAUAGCAUAACUUUCCAAAUAUAUCUUGAGGAGAAGGUUUUGGAGGGAAACGUUUACAUAGUAUGAUUUGACAUGUUUUCUUAUUUUUCGUACAAUUUUUAUCCUGUUUUAGCAUAUAAAAAAUGCUUGGAAAGAUCAGAGGUUGGACCUAAGCGAAUGUACAAAUACUUCCCUACACAUAUAGAAUAUUUUUAUGGGAACAUUGAACUCUUUUGUCCUUAAUCCUGAUAAUAGCCUGGUAUCAAGGCAUAUAUUGUAUUGUGUCUGGCAUGUGUGUAAUAUGACAAAAGUUCAAUGAUACAGUCUUUGACGUAAUGCUCUUGUAGAGUAUGAUACACGACCACCUAUGUCAUAUUAGACGUGUAUGUGUGAUAUGUUUGAAUUGUUGUGAGG